CCACCAGAAACAGCUAUUUUAGCACUAAAACCGCAACAGAACUGGCGAAACAGCUGAUUAUCGGCAUGUUCAGACCUGCCUUGGCGCGCAAACAAAAAAAGGCAACUACGACAAGGAAAGUGGUUUUUGUAAAUAUAGCACGGACGGACACAAAAUGCCGGAGAGCUUAAUCGCCGGCAUCCCGGUGCACUUCCCCUUCGAGCCGUACCCGGUGCAGCGGGCGUAUAUGGAGAAGGUGAUCCAGUGCCUGCGCGACGGCACCAACGGCGUGCUCGAGUCGCCCACUGGCACCGGCAAGACGCUGAGCCUGCUCUGCUCCUCCCUGGCCUGGAUCCGCACCCGGCAAUCCGAGCACCAGCAGCAGAUGCUCAAGCUGGAUAAGGGUGACGCGGGAGCAGGAGCAGGCGUUGAGCUCUCGGAUCUGGCGAGGACCGUGGGCAAGAUUAACAAUUGGGGCGUGCCAAAGGUGAUCUACGCCUCACGAACGCACUCUCAACUGACGCAGGCGAUGCGGGAGCUGAAGCGGACGGCGUACGCCAACAUGCGGUCCGUCGUGCUGGGCUCCCGCGACCAGUUGUGCAUCCAUCCGGAUGUGAUGCGCGAGCAGGGCAACUCAAACAAGACGAACAUGUGCAAGCUGAGGGUCCACUCCAAGACCUGCACGUUCCAGCUGCGCGUCGAGUCUAAGAAGGAUCAUCCGGACUUUCGCGGUCCGAGCAUCAUGGACAUUGAGGAUCUGGUGAAGGUCGGUCAGCGCCUCAAGAUGUGUCCGUACUUCGCCUCCAAGGAGCUGGUGGCCCAGGCGGACAUCACCUUUAUGCCGUAUAACUACCUGCUGGAUCCCAAGGCGCGAAAGGCCAACAAGAUCGAGCUGGGCAACACGAUUGUCAUCCUCGACGAGGCCCACAACAUCGAGAAGAUCUGCGAGGAGUCCGCCUCUGUACAGAUCCGCUCCUCGGACGUGGCCAUGGCCAUUGAGGACAUCACGCACGUCAUGAAAAUCUUCACCAGUGGCGAGUCGCAGGAUAUGGGCGGCGAUGAGCCCAAGGACUUCACGCUGGACGAUCUGACGCUGCUCAAGGAGAUGCUGCUGGAGCUGGAGAAGGCCAUCGAUGCCGUGGUGGUGGACAACAUAGCCGAAGGCACCACCUACCCAGCCACCAUGAUGUACGAGCUGCUGGGCAAGGCGAAUUUCAGCUACGGCAAUGUGGCCACCAUUGUGUCGCUGCUGGACAAGCUCGUGCAGUAUCUGAUGGUGGCCUCGCAGCAGAUGAGCAUCAGGAAGGGCGGCACCUUCAGCCUGCUCAGCGACCUCCUGACCAUUGUCUUUGCCAACAAGGAGGAUGUAAUGAGCAAGGUGUACGCCAGCUUCAAGGUUCAUGUCCAGCUAGAGGAGACCAAGCAGCAGGGCAAGCCCGGAAACAAACCACAGCCGGGGGGCUGGCUCAGCAAAGGCACACUGACCACCACCAGCACUGCCAAGCAGGCCAAGAUUGUCAAUUUCUGGUGCUUCAAUCCUGGCUUCGGCAUGGAGCAGCUGCUCAAUACCCAAGUGCGCAGCGUGAUCCUCACCAGCGGCACACUGGCGCCGCUCAAGCCGCUGAUAGCCGAGCUGGCGAUUCCGGUGGCGCAGCAUCUCGAGAAUCCGCACAUAGUGGAUCAGUCUCAGGUGUAUGUAAAGAUCAUAGGCACCGGUCCCGAUCGCCAGCAGCUCAUAUCAAACUACACAAAUCGGGACAAUCCCAAGUACAUCAGCUCCCUGGGCCAGACCAUUUUGAAUGUGUCCCGCAUCGUGCCCGACGGCCUGCUGGUCUUCUUCCCCUCGUACCCCAUGCUCAACAAGUGCGUGGACUCGUGGCAGGCGAGUGGCCUGUGGGCGGACAUCGCGGCCAAGAAACCCAUCUUUCUGGAGCCGCGGGGCAAAGAUCAGUUCACUAGCACCAUGGAGGAGUUCUAUCAGGCCAUACGCGACUCCAAGGGCGCCGUCUUCAUGGCCGUUUGUCGCGGCAAGGUGUCCGAGGGUCUGGACUUUGCCGACCGCAACGGACGGGCGGUCAUCAUCACAGGGCUGCCCUUUCCGCCGCUAAAGGACCCCAAGGUGAUACUGAAGCGACGCUACCUGGAGGCGAAUCGGACGCGAGAAAACCAGCUCUUGAGCGGGCAGGAGUGGUAUAAUCUGGAUGCCACUCGGGCCGUCAACCAGGCCAUUGGGAGAGUGAUCCGUCAUCGGAACGACUAUGGGGCCAUUUUGCUGUGCGAUUCCCGCUUCAAAGACGCCUCUCAGGUGCAGCAGCUGUCCAAGUGGAUUCGUGGUCACCUGGGCGAUCGGCCGCAGUGUUCGCCCUUUGGUCCCAUUGUCCGUGAGCUGCGUCAGUUCUUUAGGAAUGCCGAGGCCACAAUGAAGCAGCCAGAUGAACGGGAGUCGGAGCCGCCUUUGCAGACGGUUUGCAAGCCGGAAGAGGAGGCGCCCCUUUCGGCCAUUAUUCCCAAGAUCAAGCGAGAGCCGGGCUCCAGUUUCUCCUUUAAGGCGGCCAACGAGACGGCAAUGAAAGUGGAGAUGGCCAAUUCCAUCAAGACAUGGACACCCGACGACUAUGCCCAGGCAGUUGGGCAUAAGUUGGGGACAUCGGGAGCAGCCAUACCUAAUGCCAUGGACUUUAUGAGCCGCCUCGACUCGAAUGUCUCGAGUAUUGACUUCAAUUGCUGCUCGGAGGGCAGCAGCAGCAGCGGCAAAAGUGGCCUGGUGAAGAUCCACAAGCGAGAACGUAGCUCACCCACGCAACCGGAGACGGAGGGCAGUACUUCCCAGGCUUCGAAGAAGCGCUACAAGCUGGUGGAGAACAUCAAGGUCAAGUCAGAGCCCAAGCCGCCUCUUAGUUCUCCAGUGAAGGUGGCACCCGAGGAUAGAGCGGUGUUUUUGCGGGAGGUGCGCAGUCGCGUUAGCCAGGAUCAGUUCCGGGACUUUGGCAAGGCUCUGCUUGAAUACAAGAACGGCAGCGACGAGAGCUUCGAGCGGCUGAUGCGGGUGCUCCUGGAGGUGCUUGGGGGUCCACAGCUGCGCUAUCUGUUCCUUGGGAUGCGGCGCUUUCUCAAGAACGAGCACAAGGCCGGCUUCGAUCGCCAUUUGGCCAAGUUAGAGCCCUGCUAAGUCUAUUCCUAUAUAUUUUUAUUUUCUAUGUACUGUUUUUCUUUUUAAAUAUACAAAAAAGUAAUAUUCCUAAGGCCAUAGGCUAA